UACUAUCGAAAGUUUCCCAGAAUCUGAAGCAGAAACACAUCAAUGGCUGAUAGCAACAUUAAUGAUGGCUUCCGGUACCUAAAUGUGAAACCAGACACAGGUGGAUUUUGGAACCUGUUGAAGUACUCGCUGUGGGGCUCAAACCAUGGUGCGGUGGAGGUGGGUGGUGGCACCGCCGAAGAAGAGACAGAUCAUCGGUUUGUUAUAUUGGUGUCUAUAGUUGCACUUAAACUCCUUCAUUUGUUCCGGAAGCCUAUGGAGUUCACUGGUCAUGUGGUCGACUUCUUUCUCAACCUUAUAUCCGAAAAUGGAUCUCUCUUUGGCAUACUCUCAAACAUUCUCCAUGGAAAAGUAGUAAUACUAAAGAGAGGAACUGAUACUUUUAUUUGCAUAAAUCUGGUUCAUCUACUGAAGGAAUCGCAAAACUUGAAUCCAGUGUUCGAGAGACAAUGGACCUGUGUAUGAUGGCUUCAAAGCUGGAUUAUGAAAAUGCUCAAGUUGUUAGAAACGUUGUCGUUCGCCAUUGGAAGGCAAGCUUUACUCCUCUCUUCCCCUUUUAUCUCAAUUUCGUU